AUACCAAUAUGGCUGCGCCCACAAAAAAACAUGAUAUUUUUUCUAAAUUUUAAAAUUCGAUCAUGCCAGGUCUUAUAUCUGCUAAAAUGAUGAUAAAAAUAAAGACUUGAUAAAAUAUAGCUGUAAUUGAAGACAAAAAAAUCAAAACAACAUGGUGACAAGAUACAUAAAGAUAAAACUACAGUUUUGUCAGCAACUUCACACGUGGAAUCAUCUAACAUGUCUAAGAAAACAUUAUACUACCAAAUCAGGUGACCUUGUAUUUGUUUCCCUUUCCAAUGACAUUUUUAUGAAUCUAGCCUUUGAAGAUUGGCUGUAUGAAAAUGAAAAUUUAAAGACCAAAUCUAUUUUGCUGAUGUGGAAGAAUAAUCCUGCUGUUGUGAUUGGAUGUCAUCAGAAUCCAUAUCUAGAAUGUGAUGUGUGGAAAAUUGCUGAAAAUAACUUAAGUCUUGCUCGACGUAAAAGUGGUGGAGGAGCGGUAUAUCACGAUAAAGGAAACAUAAAUUGCUCUUUUAUUAAAGACAGAUCUUUGUACAACAGGUACAAAAAUCUUGACCUUGUUGUAAAAGCUUUGUCAUCCCGUUGGAACAUAGAUUUAAGUAUAAAUACUAGGGAAGAUAUAUUAUUGGAUGGCUUUUAUAAGGUCUCAGGAACAGCUUCUAAACUUGGACGUAAUACAACCUAUCACCAUUUCACCCUAAUAUUUGAUGUGGAUAAAGAUAAAUUGUUUGAAUAUUUGGACAGCCCAAUGUCAACGGUAGGAGUUCACAGCAGAGCAACACAGAGCUUGAAGUCACGAGUAAAGAAUUUAUCGGACAGUAUUCCUGGUGUAACAUAUGAUUCUCUGGUUGAUGUGAUAGGUCAACAGUUUUUAAAGGGAAAGAAAAAUAUGGACAAUUUUCAGUUUAUAAAUCCAUCUGAAGCACAGUUCCCAGGUUUACAGAAGAUUUACAAUGAACUUUUUGAUUGGGAAUGGAUUUAUGGAAGAACUCCAAAUUUUUCCCUCACUAGACACUUUGCUAAAAAUCUAGAAUACUAUAUUGAACAUCAGAUUACUAUAAAUGUCAACAUUGAAAAAGGCAGGAUAUCAAAAAUUGACAUAGAAACUAAUUUUAAUGAGACAUACCUAAAAAUGAGGCCAUUGAUACAAGAACAUUUAAUAGGCACUAGAUUUUGGUUUAAUGAUUUACAGAUGAGCUUAAAUAAGAUUAAACAGGAGUCUAGACACUUUGGGGAGAUUGAAUUACAUUCUUGGAUUGGCAACUGUUUAUCUAAAGUUUUAUGUGUGUGAUGAUAGAUCAAUAUAAAUCAAGUUAUUAUUAAAAAAUGUACUUAUA